AACUCAAACUCUUUUGUGGACCUUCAUGAGUCGGAUAACUCUGCCAGUCCAGCCGACAUGGACCGCAUGAGCAGGAAUAAAGUGGAGCAUGGGCGACAAACGCACCAGGUCUUACAGAGCACUCCGCUCGACUUGAUUGAAACAGGCAAAUCCCUCAAAGUCCAGGCAGAGCGCCCCCACCUGGUCAGCCUGGGAAGUGGACGCCUGAGCACAGCCAUCACUUUACUACCACUGCUGGAAGGGAAAACCACGCUGGGCAGUGAGGGGACAGAUAUCCCCCUGCAGGGCCCCGGCAUCGCAGCUAAGCAUUGCUACAUUGAAAACCAGGCAGGCAACAUCACCUUGUACCCAUGUGGAAACCAGUGCUCAGCAGAUGGCGUUCGCCUCACCAAACCUUAUCGGCUUACUCAAGGGUGCAUGCUGUGCUUCGGUCAGUCGGCCUUUUUCCGUUUCAACCAUCCCGAAGAGGCUCAGAGGAUGAAGAGCAUGCUACCAGAGGGGACCCGCGGGCUGAGCGCCACAAAAACUCCAUCUGACCCCCAUAAGGCUCUGAAUGGGAACCAUGACUCCAAAAUUAACAGUAUGGCAAAAACCUUGCAGGACUCUUUGGUGCUCAAGACUUCAUCAUCACCGGGGAUUGGUAAACAUCCCGUUCCCCCAGACAUGCUCAAUGGAACUAGCAACUCCAAAAUAGAUGUCUCAAUUUAUGAGAACAGCAGCAGCUUCCUGGGCUAUAACCUUGACAGCAAAACACCUGCCCGGUUACCUCAUACCAAUCACACCCCUGUCCCGCAUCCACGGCCCUCACUCUCUGUGGCUGCAAGUGGUACCAGUGGAAGUCAAAAGGCCCAGGAGAGUCCAAAGCCUCUGAGGAACGCAAGGGCAGAGGCAACAUCAUGCCCCACACAACAUAUCAGGGGGUCAGGACAGAGCGCAGAAAACUUAAGCCAAAGCCACAAACCAUCAUCCAUCAAGUUUUACCCAAAGACUCCGUCAAGUCCUCAAUUAAGGGGUUCCACCCUACAGAAGAGAUCCCAGAGCCCCUUGCGAGAGCAGGUUCAGUCUCUUUCCCAUGUAGACAUAUCUCAAAGGGUCAUUACUCCAGACUCGUCUGGGUCCACCGCCCUGAGGGUGCCCGGCAGAGGGACCUCAGGAUCGCAGGGUUCGGCUCUGCCCCUUCCCUCACAGGGCUUCAAUGCUAACCCCAUCCUAGAGAGCCCCCAGGGCAACCGCAAACUCACGACUCCUUCAAAAGCAGAAGUCAUGCGGGCACUGUAUGCCCAGAGUCCAUCACCACUCCCUGGGCUGGAGAAGGAGCAGGGAAGCAGGCAGUCAAGGCCUGCGCCAGGAAAUGCCAUGGUCUCAAGCUUAGGCUCUGCAUCUGGCUUGUCUCCUGUCGCUAGCCCUCAUAGCGUAAGAAAGACUUCUUUUCCGACUGCCAAGGGAUCAUCCGGCAAGGACCCAAAUCUUCCAAAACCAUACACUCGGGAACGUAAAAACAGCAUCUCUGAGAUCAGCGACAAUGAGGACGAGCUGCUUGAAUACCAUCGCUGGCAGAGAGAGGAGAGGCUGCGUGAGCAGGAAAUGGAGAAACUGGAGCGACAGAGACUGGAGACCAUCCUGAAUUUGUGCGCAGAGUAUAAUCAUGAGGACGGCUCUGUGGAGCUGGUGAAGAGUGGUCUGCUGGGUGCUGGUAGAGGACUUUGUUCAGACUCGGGAGGGGGGAUGGCUCUCCCGGGAGACGGCCGAAACCAGAGGGUGAGAGAGAACGACGAGGAAAUCCAGAGAGAGGAGUCUAGCAGCACAGAGAGCACGCACCAAGAGUGUGAAGAGCUGUUAGCUGGACAGGAGGAGAUUUACCUGGAGGAGGAGAGGAACAGGAUCCUGGCCAGGGUUGAUGAUUUGAAACACAGAGUCAGUGAGCUGGAGCAGCAGCUGCAAGAGACCAAACAUGAGGUGGAGAUGGAGCAAGCCCUGCUGCAGGCAGAGUGGCGGGCAGAACAGGAGCAGGUGGAGGCUGAAAAUGAAAUAAUCUCUCAGCUACAGCUCAAACUCAACCAGCUGGACAAGGCCACCCAGAAAGAGAAGGACAAGGGGAGGGCUAAUGUGUCGGCUGAGCGGAAGGCCCUGGAAAAGCAGAGGAAUGAGUACAAUGAGCUGAAGAGGCAGUUUGAUAAGUGCCCCUUGUCUCUAAGGGAACAGUUACAGGAGCAGCUCAGCAGGAAAGCUGAAGCUCUGGAGUCUGGGACCAAGCAGUUUGAGGAGCUGGAGUUCUGCCAGCUGGAAGAGGAGAGCCGUCUAGAGGAGAAGAAGGAAGCUCAGAGCUCACAACUGCUCCAAGAGCGAGCCGAGUAUCACUGCAGCGUGGCCAAGAGGAAGGAAAAGAUGGCUGCUCUGGAAGCUCAGGUAAAGCAGCUGGGGUUACAGGCAUCUCAAGACUGUGAAAGGCUGGCAAAGGACAGGACAGUGACUUUGCAUCUGUUACAAAAGGAACAAGACAUGCUGUGCGCCCUGGAGAAGAAAUACCACACGCUGACAGGAGGGAGAAACUUUCCAAAGCCCGGUGGCAGCAUGAAAGAGGAAUUGCUUCACAUCAGCGAGCCCGACCUUAUUUAUGUGGAUGGUUCUCCUCAUAGUCCCUGUCUCUCCUCUGCCUCCUUCUCCUCCUCAUCCUCUCACAUCCCCUCCCCCGAGCUAUAUCCUGUCAGGCUACAAGAGGAGUACCUCAGGAUGUCUGAUGUCUAUAGGAUGUAUGGAAAUGCUUCUCUGCAGCCUCACUCUUCCUCUCCUGCUGCUCUCCACUGCCUCUCCCUCACUGUAACUCCAGCUUUGCCAACUGAGGACUACAUCACAGUCAGUCAGUUAAGUCAGAUCUUUGGGAUGCAGCGAGUCGAUCCCUCCUCUUCCUCCUCCUCUAUGCCAGCAUUCCAACUCGCCUCCUCUGAAUCCACCUUCUCAUGCCACACAACUGCACGUGGUCCUUCCUCCUUUCUCUCUGCACAGAGCCAACCUGAGCUGAGCAGGAAUGCAUUGCCUCCUCUUAAUCUUGAGAGCUGGUACCAGGAAAUCAUGGCAGCUGGAGAGCCUCAGCCAUGCCCUCCACCACUGCCUGCAAAGUCUUUUGCCACACGCAGACAUGGGCAGCUGUCAAAGUCCAAAUCAGAAGGUGAAGUUGGACAGGUUUCAUCAAACAGAAGCACCACGUUGUUGCCACACUCCAGUGGUGCUACACAGGAGAAAAAUGCUUCCACAAAGGGGUUGCACUUAGCGCUGAGAGAGAUGUCAAACCCACUGGAGAUGGACUCCAGGAGGCAGUUGGCUUUGCCGAGCAGAGAUACAUCUCCCACAGUCCAUCACGCCAUCUUGCAUCACCAGCUGCCACCCAGUGGCAACCAGGCGUAUGACACCCUGAGUCUGGAAAGCUCAGACAGCAUGGAGACCAGCGUCUCCACCGGCAACUCCGCCUGUACCCCAGAAAGCGCCUGUGGCUUAGAGGCCCAGAGGAUAGAAGAGAUGGAAAAGAUGCUGAAGGAAGCGCAGCAGGAGAAAGCCAGACUGAUUGAGAACAGAGAGAGGGAGGUGCAGGCUCGGCGGCAGAUGUUAGAGGAGGAGCGGAGGAGGCGAGAGGAGGCCGAGAGGAGGCUUCAGGACGAGACGGCCCACAGGCAGAGGCUGGUGGAGGAGGAGGUGAAGAUGAGAGAGAAGCAGUUCUCCCAGGUCAGUGGAACAGAAGGAGGAGACGGGCGGCGGGAAGAAAAGAGAGGAGAGGAGACGAGAGGGGAGGAGAGGAGGGGUUAG